AUGAAUAAUUCUCCCUACAUUGUGAAAAGGAAAUAGAGACAAGGCGAUUGGGUUUGCGCAGUUUGCAAGAAUCUUAAUUUUUCAUUCAGAAGCACAUGCAAUAGAUGUAAUAAACUUCCCAAUAAGACAUCCUCAAAACAUCAAUAUAAAGGGUUUCGAACAUUGGUUCUCAUCCAUUAUGAAGAACCAAUAGAGAGUAUGGAUGAACUUCUUGAAAAUUAAAUAGAUCCAAAUGUCACAUCUAGCCUUUUGGUAUUAGGCUUAGAUCAAUUUUGA